AUGAAGACCAAGAACCGGCCCCCCAGGCGCCGGGUGCCUCCGCAGAACACAGAGGCCACCCCAGGGGAUGAGACCCCCGACAGGCCCCAGGCAAGCUCCGGGGCCCAGCUGGCCAGAGGCCUGCGGAGCAGGACAGCGCGGGCGCCCGGGAGCAACGAGCGGGAGCGGCAGCGCAUGCACACGCUCAACAACGCCUUCCAGGCCCUGCGCGAGGUCAUCCCGCACGUGCGGGCCGACAAGAAGCUCUCCAAGAUCGAGACCCUCACGCUGGCCAAGAACUACAUCAAGUCGCUGACGGCCACCAUCCUGACUAUGUCCAGCGGCCGCCUUCCGGGCCUGGAGGGGCCGGGCCCUAAGCUCUACCAGCAUUACCAGCAGCAGGCGGCGGCUGGGGGCACGCUGGGUGCCACCGAGGCCCAGCCCGAGGGCCACCUGCGGAAGUACUCCACUCAGAUCCACAGCUUCCGAGAGGGCUCCUAG